UGGGGACCCUGGGGAGGAAAAUGGGUCACGUGAUUAUAGGACGAGCUGAAAGAUGGGCGUCGAAAGAUCUCGAGUAUCUGUAGACCUUAUCCUCCAAUGUUCCAUAAGAUGAAAGUAAUUGAUGUAGUAUUGAGCAUUAAUUCAGCGGCAUUGCUGUUUAAUGUGAUGGUCAAGGACAUGUAAUUUGUCAUAUUGUACAAUUUAUAAGAUGGCAACAGCUUCCUCUGGGUCAAGCCAUCUUGGUGUGACUGAAAAUCAGAAGCGAUGGCUUGUGGCUGGAAUAGCACUGAACAAGAUCCUCAUACCACAGAUACGUCCGUUUGUGGAACAAGGCAUCAACACUGAAUACAACAACCUCAAGACUAGCCACAAUAUUCAUGGACAGAGCACAUCUGGACGUCUUCAACGGUGGCCAGCUAGAAAAUUGUUAAAAUAUGAGAACAUCAAUAGAAAUGAUGUUCAUCCAAGACGUGGUGGAAAACUUGAUUAUUCUCUUUUUGACUGCCGAGUAAUGUCCCAUGUUGACUUUGCCAGGCUGUAUGUUGAGAACUAUAUGGCCCACUUCAAUGCUUUUGAUGACCAUUGUGAUGCAUCAGCUGUGUUGGUGUUGCUUGGUGGGGUCCCUGUAUUCUCGGCACCUGUGCAAACUGCUGCAGCUGAUGUCAGAAUGGGGAGAAAUGACUGGGCACACUGUGUCUUCAGUAAAUGGGAUCAAGUCAAAUAUCAACAAAGUUUUAUUGACAUGGAACACCUAGUGAGAGUCAUGGCUUUACCAGCUGCAGAUGAAGGGAAACUUCUUGGAGAACUUAAAGACUGGGAAGCUAAAGGGACACAUCUCUGCAUGAAUUCCCCCAUAGACCCAGCGUUGUUACAACUGGUUCAACAAGGACUUCAGUCACUACAAGAUGAGGUGAGGAACAUGUCUGUAGAACUUGAGGAUGAGAAAAGAAACGUCCAGCAUGAACUGAAAAAUGUUGCAUCAGCUCUGGAAGAGGUGGAACAGAGGGUGCAAAUGCUGGAAACUGGUCAGCAAACCUUAGAGCAUCGCACUGGACUACUUGAAGACAGAAUGGACAAUUUUGAAGGGGCAGUAAACCAGAGGAUAGAGAGACUUGAGAGCAGUAAGCAGAGCACAGAAGACAAAGUGUAUCUUCUUCAAGGGGCAGCAAACCAGAGGAUAGAGAGACUUGAGAGCAGUAAGCAGAGCACAGAAGACAAAGUACAUCGUCUUCAAGAACAAGUGGAAGACUUGACAAAAUGCAAUGAAACUGCGUUGCGUCAAGACAAUUCCAUGCCAACUGCGUGUCCAGAGAAACUUGUAGAGCUUAUCAAACGAGACUACAAAGGUGCUGUUCUUUGUCCGUUUCCAUGGUGCGAGGAUGAGCUUCAACUGGAACUGUCGAACAUCUUCACAAGAUUAGUGAUAAUCAGUAAGAAAAAAGAACGCGCGAGGCAAACGGACAACAUCGUAAAUAUGACGGAUGUCUUCGCACCACAUAAAGAAUGUGACAAACCGAGAGUGGUGCUGAUUGAAGGGCAGCCUGGAAUGGGUAAAACCACUUACUGUCAGAAGCUUGCAUAUGAUUGGUCCGUGGCGGGAAUUCCACCU